CGAAGGUGAAUUACUCAUGUUUGCGUCUUCCAAUCAGAUGUUUACCUCCAACAUGGCGAACUUCGACGACGGCAGAGAAAAUCCAGAAGCUUAUUCGGUAGGAUGUGGCUGCGCAAAAAAACACUUUAAUUGAAAACUAACAUCCCAACACAGAAAGCUGAACUAAACGCGCUAAAAACUACAAUAAAACGUGACUAAAAAAACCUAAACAAGUGAAUAACUAUAAACAAAUAAAAUAAAUAACAAAAUAAUUUGGAACUAAUAUUUUUCGCGCAUUUUAAAGCUGUGUUUCUUGUGCGUUCGUUCAAGUGUGUGUGCAUCGUCGUUUUACCGUUACAAUUUACGAAAACCGAAAAUAAAGUGAAACUAGUGAUAAUACAAAUAUAUGCCAAUAAUAAUUAAUGGUAAAACAUAGCAAGCAAUUUAGUGUUCAUUAAUUGCAAAAGAAAAAAAGAAAAGAAAAAGAAUCAACCAAAAAGUUGAUUGCUUCGCUUCCUAAGCUCAUUCGUUGAGCAGAAAACAAAAACAAAAGCAAAAACAUCGAAGACCACAAAAGCCGACGGCUUUUUCCUACUGGGAAUAUUCUUAUCAGCAUCAGCAGCAGUAGCAGCAGAAACAGAAGCAACGAUUAUGGCAAAGGAUCCGACCUCAUCUCGCAUUCCCCGUUUGGACGGCAUCUCGCGGGUUCCCAAGCCAAGUAACUUUGGCCUGCCCAGCAGUGCCUUUAGCACCGCCAACAGAGCAACCAAUAGCAGCAGCGGAAGCACCACCACAAACACCACCAUCACAACCACCCAGCACAUCCGACCACCGAUAAGUGCGCCCAAGGCCACACAGAUAUUUCAGGUUCCCAGUGAUCCUGCAAAGCCUCGUCCUGCUAGCUCAUAUACACCAUCUUCGGCUGCUCUGCGGGAUUUGGGCAGCAGCUUGAAGAAGAGCGCCAGCGGGGAGAGAAUAAAUAAUGCAGUGAGUUUGCUUAGCAAGACCACCACCGUCCUGAAGAAGUAUUUAGUCCGAAGCGCUCGCAUGAUGUCCAAUCCCACGGAGAUGACGACCUCAUUGCCAGUGACUCCUUUGCCGGUGGGGAAGCAACGUGGAAUGCUCACAAGUGAUCAGUUUACCAGUAGUACACCUAUGCCCCUCCUGAGAUCCGAUACCUUUGUCUGCGAGGAUGAGAGCAGACGAAUCGACAGAAAUUGGAAACACUUUUGCACGAACCAUGGAUUGGAUUCACCGGAUAUGGAUGAAACCAAAGUGUUGGUCAGAGAUGGAACGAGAAUAAUGGAGAGUACUCCCAGGACUAAAAACACUCCCCUGGCGGAAAUUACUCAAAUCCGAAAGCCAACUCAAAUUGGUGGUAUAAAUCACACGGCAAAGUCAACUUUGAGGAAAAACUCAAUGGAUACUACUCAUGAGAUAAGAACCAGUCUAGAGAUAACUCAAAAUAAUGCCACACACACCAUAAACUCAUCGGGAAUAAUGGGUAGAACAAUGCCAGGGAUUCAGGCCAAGGAUGUUACUAGAACCAUGGCGGGAAAUAGUUCGCCAAUGGGAAAUGUAACAAAGUUGGUGAGAGGUAUUGGAAAUACUACCAAGACAUUGGAGAGCCUUGGAAACAUCACCAAAUCAUUUGGAAAUCUCACCAAAUCCAUGGAUCGAGACUUUAAUCAAACGAAAACUUUCGAAAGAGCAGGAAACUCUACUAAAAUCUUGGAAAGUGGAGCAAAUCUUACUAAAAAUAUGGAUGGUAGAGCUGGCAAUCUUACCAAAAUAAUUAAUGCUGGACAAAAUAUCACUCAAACGAUCGAAACUGGAUUGAAUAGAAAUCAAACAAUUGAAAGUAGACUUAAUUAACCAAUUUCAAGUGCCCGUAGUGGUAAUCUAACCAAGAGUGUUAAUGAACCAGGUGACUAUACCAAGGUAAUCCAUCAUGGAGCUAAUUUAACCCAGAGUAUGGAUCAGUUGCCAUUACUAGAGCACAUAUCCAUGCCAUCCGGCCUGGACACUUUGAGCUCCAAGUGCCACCUGUCAGAUGAGGUGGCAAUGCACCAGGAAAUGGACGACACGCUGGACGUGACGUUGACCUCGUUGGCACCCGAUAAAGCCAACAUGAAGCUGCCAUUGAACUCCACUAAUACGGAGAGAUUGCUGGAUAUUAGUGGAUUACUCCCAAGACAUAUACAGCUACUGAAUUUAACACAGGAAUUGGAGCGGGGAACCCCAAACAGAACUCAUGCAUCGGGACGUAGAUCGAUACCGCAGCAUCCGCUCCUCUGUUUCCCACAAUCUGCCACAACAACACCACAUGGAAUGCGAAUGAUGGGACAGGUAACUCCACAGCCUGUCCAUCUACUUUCACCACUCUUGAAACAAGCACAAAGUGCUCUGGUUUUGCCCACUCGAACUCCCGAUGGAGAUAUAACCAUGGAUGGUCAUGGUGCCCUCGAUAAUACCCUGGUAUCUCAUUCGGGUCGUGGCAGAACCCGCUAUAGUUUCGGUUUGGAUCUGCCGGAUACAACGCUGGAUUGCUCUAUUGAAUUGGUGGACAACUCGUUCUCCUCCUCCACCCAAUUGCAGCAAUUGCAGCAGCAACUCCUGAAGAAGCAGAGCUCCUUUGAUCUGGAUGAGAGCCUGGGCAUUCUUACGCCUGAUCAGAUGAAGGAUUUCCUGGACUCACCUCAAAAACUUAUGCAUAAUUUGGAACUAAUUAGGAUGCAUCAUCCGAAUCUCAUGCAGCUGCGUAUGGAGCAGACUCCUUCGCCCGAGGCUCCUUUGGAUCCCAUUGAGAUCAAGUCGGAGAUUGUCAAGCAGGUGGAAGCCUCUCAGAACCAGGUGACAGCUUCCUCGCAACAGGCCAAGCUAAGCAAUAGCUUCAUUACCAGCGUGACCAGUGUCACCAGCUUGGAUACUGGCUACCAGGGCGAUGGCGAGAUGUCGCGUCCAGCCUCCCGAGGAGCCUGUGAUCACUCACCGAGCAAUGGACCCCACUUGGGACGAGUCAGUCGUCAGCCCAGCUUUCCACCGCCGAAUCCGGCGCCUUUGCGACGUCAGGAUCCAAUGACUGACUCGGAUUUCUUUACCGAAUCCGAUGCAGAUGAUGUGCUCCAUCGAGGCGAUCGUCGUGCCCAGGUUAUAGAUGGACAGCUCUAUGGACCGGAUAUGAUGCAACCAAGUGCCUCAGUGCCCCAGAUGGAGGACUCAUGCAUGGAGUCAUCGGGCAUAUUCACGGAUGUGGAAAAUCGCUGUGAUGAGGAGAUGCGCCAACCGGAACUGGAAGUAGAUGUGGAUGUGGACAUGUCACCGGAUGAUUCCACGCAGACCAUGCGAAAAGGUAAAGUCAUCCCACUCCCAAUGGCUCCCACCCAGCAGCAGCAGCAGCAGAAUCAGCUGGCUCCGCAGCAGCGUCCACCGAGCAGCUGUCUCUCUUCCUCAUCGGCUGCCACAACGCUCUCCAAUCGCACCUCUUACUGCAGCGUUGACGGUGGCAGCGCUCGAAGCUUUUGCGACGAAGCUUUCUCGGUGGCAGCAACGCCGGCUGCGACGGCUAAUGCCAACCGAUCUCCGGCAGCGGUUUCAGUUCAAAAUUCAACUUCGCCGCGUCCACACGCUUCACUGUCAUCGCUCUGUACGGUGGAGAAUUUCCGCGGUUCGAUUUCCUCAAACUCUUCGAUCGCCUCACCGAAAUCCAGCAAAUCGGGCUGCAAAAGUGUUGGCAAAUCGCGCGGUUUGAAAUCACCAAAGUCACUUAAUCGUAAACAACAUACGCCCAACAAAUGGGAUGCCGUGAUGAAUAAAAUUGCCAGCAACAAGUCACAUAAGACCAACUACAACGAUGUGAAGUCAAAGGUGUCUAGCACUCGGGUCAUGUCACCAGGUUCGAGUUCGGUUUCCGCUUCGGCUUCGGGUUCGGGCUCGGGUUCCGUGUCCGUUUCCGUUUCCGCUUCUGUAACGAGUUCGCGCGCCAGUCCUAGCAAUGUGAGUGCCAGUGCAAGGCGUUCGCCUUCGGCCACGCCCAAAGUACCACCAAAGUGCUCCUCGUGAAACGAUCGAGCAGCAGUAGCCCCUCAUCCGCAAGGUUGCACGCCGCAUUCGACCCCGCCAACGCGGCAGCCACUGGAUAAAGGCUCUGUUGGCAGUGGGUCGCGUGCCGGCAAGUUGCCCAACUCACCCACCUCAACCACCACAUCGCCGCCCGCCAAGAGACUGCAGUCGACCCUCGCCAGUCGUAAUCACUCGUACAGUAAGGAUACCCACAAGAGCUCCCAUAGUGACCUGAGUUUGUUGUGUAAUGCCACAUCAGGACCGGCAUCAGCGUCUGUUUCUGGAAGCGGAUCACCAAAAUUAGUGGCAAAAACUCCAUUGCGAGCUGCCAAAAAGCGGGAUGUGCGCAAUCUGAGCAUAUCGCCAACGGAUCUGGGUCCGCCACCAAAAACACAACAGACGGCCAAGGGACAAUCCACGCGUAACAAAUCAUUAACCACGCCCACGACCACAACAAUCCAUAAACGUUUGAAUGGCGCUUCAGGCGGCUCAACACCAACCAAUGGCAACAAUAAUAUUAAAGGAGCGGCCACCAAAGCCACCGCCGCCACAAUUAAGCAGACACAACAAACAGCCAAACUUAAAUCAACGUCGAUUAUUAAAAGCACUUCCAUUGCCGCCGUUUCCGAGGAGUCCCUGCGUUCUGGCGUGGAUCAAAGCGAGCUUCAGGAGCUGAACAAUGGAGCAACGCCAAGUGGAUGCCCAACUCCUCCGCCACCAUCAGCAGGAGGAGCAGCUCGUGACUCCAAACGUUCGUCCAUUGGCAGUGAGUUGCCCUGCGAGACGGAGGCCAAGCUGAAGAAAUGCGAGAAGCAAAAGGAAUCCAAGGAGCCUUCUCCGGUAUCCCAGGAUGCAAGUGCUGAGAGCAAUCCUGUCAGCUUUGCUUGUACAAAUGAGUUUAAACCUCAUUCGGGCCACAUUGAGACCACCAUCAGCUCGAUAACAAUGAAGCCCCAAUCCUGCGAUGACAUUCUCGCCCAAUAUCCUGCCCUGAAACCAUAUACGGAGAACGGAGUCGUUAAUUAUGCCCGUUUGGCCAAGUUAUUUGAAGAAGUCCGGCAUGAUCGACUCGAAGAGCAUCGGAAAUUAAUGGGACUUGCUGUUCUAGUGCAAUUUAUGUCGCAAAAGCUAGAUACAUUUGGCUGCCAGGAGACCAAAGAGCAGUGUGCCCGGACCAAGGGAACGCUGGAGGAGACGAUUGUAUUGCUUCAGCUGAGCCAGAAUGAGUGCGAGCGGCUGCGGGAGGAGUUGCAGGCCAAGGAUCUCGAGUGGGCGCAACGUCAGCAGGAACAGGAUCAUCUUCAUCGCACUGAACUGAAGCAAGCGGAAGAGAAAGUAAUGGAGGUGCAAAUGCUUGCCAAACAAAGGUUCUGCGAAUUAGAAUCCCAACUGCUGGCCAAGGAUGAGGAGAACAAACAGGUGCAACAGGCCUAUCACAUGGAGGUUUCCAACAAGCUCGCCCUGAAGCAGGAACAGCUGAGCACGGCUGAACAAAAGAUCCUGGAUCUGCAGAAUAGCUUGCAAAAGUCGGAGUCAGAGAAGCAGGAGAUUAACGAGAGACUCCUGCGCAAGGAGAACACCCAUGCCAUCCGCCUGUCCGAGGCCAGUCAGCGGGAGCAAGAGCUCAGCGAUCGGGUGAAGAGCCUAACCAAGGAGCUGAACACCUUGAAGGCCAGCAAGGAGCACAACGAGCGUGAUCUGAGGGAUCGCCUGGCACUGUCCCAGGAUGAGAUCUCUGUGCUGCGCACCUCCUCGCAACGCCGAAGUCCCUGCACCAGUCUCCCGGAUACGGCCAGUGCUGAGGUCAGUCGGCUGACCAGCGAGGCGGACAGCCUGCGCUGUGUCCUGGAACUGAAGCAGGCGGAGAUCUCUGCCCUCAGCAAGGCCAAGGCGGAAUAUAUUCGCGAAAGUGAGGAGCGCAACAAGCUGGCAAGCCGUGUUGCCCUCCUAGAGGCAAAUGAGAUGAUGCGUACAGAGCUGGAAACCAAAACGGAAAAAGAAAAGGAAAUACAGCAAAAGAUGGACGAACUAGACAAAUCCGUCAAAUAUGAAAGGAUAAAGCUUACCAAGCUAACUUUCGCCAAGGAGGAACUCCAGUACCACCUCAAGCAACGCUCUGAGCAGCUCCAAGCGGCCGAGAAUAAGAUACAUGAACUGUCCCUCAGCUCUCAGGACAACAGCCUGCUGAACUCUACACACUCUCGCUGCUCCUUGGGCCGCAGCAACUUGGAGUUCGCCGGCACCACAUCUUCGCCCACUUCGCCGGUGAUGAAGGGCAUGAUCGAACGCAAUGAUUCUGUCAGCUGGACCCUGGAGAUCGAUGAUGAAACGCCAAAGGGUGGUGCCGCAAAGAUUGUGCGAAGAUCGGGCUCUUUGAGGUGUAACAGCGACCGUUGCGUCAUCCAGAGGCGACAGGCUUCCGUCAGUCACAAUGGCCACUCGAAUGGUGCGACCAGCAAUGGUGGCUCAUCGCCGGCACAUCCCAAUCCCCUGAGCCAGAGCAUGUCGGCCACAACCCUGCUGAGGAGUGGAGGUGAGCCAGAGGGACAUCCCGUUUCCCGGGCUCGCUCCCUCUCUGUGUGCGUCAAGGACGCGGCAGUCUGCGUAUCACCUAGCAUCCGCCGACCAAGGCAAUCGGACGAACUGACACUGCCCGACUGGAAUGAAGAUGGCCCGAUGUGCUCCAGCUCGCCGCAGCCGCAGCAGUCUCUGGAGAUACGUCCGCGCAGCUCUACCAUGAAGCUAAUGUCAAGCGAGGCGAAGAAAUUCCAGGAGAUUCAGGAGUCUGCCGGUGAGGCCAUGGUCUCUGGUGCCAAUUCCGAGGACGAGAGCUGCUCGGCAUCCUCUGAGGAUAUGAUGCGUAGCUCAUCCGCAUCCAGCACUGCCUCGGGGGGAUCGCUAUUCAAGCUUCCCAAGCAGCCGCCAUCUCGGAUGUCCAUCGAGGAGGCGCUACCGUGCACACCGAUGGAGGUUAGCUGGUCAGAGGACGCCGGUGCCGAUGCCAGCGGACUGGCAUGACAUGGUGCCUACGAGGAGCCGAUUGACCAGAUCGGACACAUAGACCAGAUCGCCGAGGCGGCCGAAGAGGCUUACGAGAGCGAGAACAGCGAUGAUAGCUUCUAAAGCGAGAGCGUGUGAAACCCAUGUUUGUUCAACAAAUACCGUUUGCUGAUAGCAAGGAGUCGCCACUAUGGCCAAUGAAGCAUAGCUUGGCGUUUUCAUUUAGAUAAGAGCCGGAGCAUAUACGAUGGAGAGGUUUAACAAAAUAUGUAUCGCUAUUCAUACGUUCUUAAAUUCGUUUAUGUAAAUAUUUGCAUUUAGAAUCAGCUCAUUUAUUAUAAACAGUAACAAUAACUAUAACGAUA